AUGACCUCCUCACUGUUACAUCCUCCGGCGCAUCUUCCACCAAAUGUCGCUCUACAACUAUCACAACAGGCGCCAACACUACUACAAAGUACACCUUCAGCUAUCUCCCCAUACUCAUUGAGCUCUCUCUGGUCUGCCGCAGAGUCUGCUGAGCUAUGGAUGACCUACGAGAACCUCAUGCUAUCAUGCUUACGGACUGGGGACGAGCAGUCGGCACAUCAAUGCUUGGAAAGACUUACUGCACGCUUUGGUGCGGACAACGAGAGAUUGAUGGCAUUGAGAGGACUAUUUCAGGAAGCUGUUGCGACUGAUGAUGCUGCGCUCAAGCAGGUGCUGGAGGAAUACGAUACUAUUCUAAAGAAGGACUCCAGCAAUAUACCCAUCACGAAACGCCGUAUCGCCCUCCUCAAAUCCCUAAAGAAGACGACUGAAGCAAUCACUGCUCUCAAUCAAUUUCUGGAUUCCUCUCCCAGCGAUGCCGAAGCCUGGGCUGAGUUGGCGGAUCUCUAUGCGUCGCAGGGCAUGUACCCGCAGUCUAUUUUUGCGUUGGAAGAGGUUCUCCUCAUCACCCCUUACGCUUGGAACAUUCAUGCGAGGUUGGGUGAAAUCCUAUAUAUGGCAGCUAUUUCCGGUGAGGCUGGAUCUGAGAAGUACCUUGCAGAAUCCAUUCGAAGAUUUUGUCGAAGCAUCGAAUUAUGUGACGACUACCUUCGUGGAUAUUAUGGAUUGAAAUUGACAACUGCCCGACUUCUCACAGGUCGUUCGCAGCCAUCUCGGCAGGCGAAGUCAGAUUCGGCCCUAGCAACGCCAGAUUCCAAGACCCUGGAACGUCUGAAUGAAACAGCCACGGCGAAAUUAUCCGAGAUCGUUCGAAGGAGUGUUGCUGGGGAGGCUGGGUGGGAAGGUUUCACCAAAUCCGAAGUGAUUGCCGCCAAAGCGUUAUUGGAGACGGAUGCUGUGAAGAUCUCCCGUUGA